GCGGAGCUUUAACAGUCUCUGUCUCUCGGUCUGUGAAUUGGUUGUGUGUCUGCGAACAGGUUACCGGCAAGCGGCAGUUUUAAACUCCGUAUCCGAGAAAGCGGCACAGGUACAGCGCUCGGAAGUUUACGAACAAGGAGUGUGAGUCCGUGGGAAGAGAAGAAAAGGCAGACGAAGUGACUUUUGAACAGUUUUAAUCCCUCGUGGUAUUGCUGUUUUCCGAGUCACAGAAAGGAAAAUUCUAAGACCGUCUGCGAGGAACAGAGACGGGAAAGUUCACCAGUCAUGUUUUAAGUCAACGCAGCAUUAUGGGUGUCACCAUACAUCCCUGCCUGCUGCUUUACCAACUGAUGGUAUCAAGAGCUCAGGGUUCCCCUUUCUUGUCUGGGCAUUCAUUAUUAUUUUCAAACUGAGCUGGCAUUUUUUUUUCUUCUUCUUCAGAGAGACAGAGAUGAACAAAAGCAUGGUUUCAAAUGAAUCAUGUCAUGCCUGCAAUGACACUCUCACUGUGAAUGAGGAUGGCAAACCGAUAACAAGCAUCAUCAUGUUUUUGGCUGGCGUGGUGGGAAACCUCCUGGCUCUCUUCAUCCUGGGAGUGCACCAGAAGGAGCACCGCUCCAGGUCCUCUGUCUUCUGCAUCCUAGUUACUGGCCUGGCCCUCACCGACCUGCUGGGCACAUGCCUCCUCAGCCCACCUGUGUUCAUCUGCUACGCCCGCAACAUGUCACUGAUAAGUAUGGGCGGCAAAAGCCUGUGCAACCUCUUUGGCUUUGCCAUGAGUUUCUUCGGCCUGGCGCCCACGCUCAUCCUGUGUGCCAUGGCUGUUGAGCGCUGCCUGGCCAUCAGUCACCCUUAUUUUUACUCUGUACACAUCCGCCGCAGCUUUGCCAAAUUCACUCUUUUCUUUAUUUACCUCUUUUCUUUGGCCUUCUGCCUCCUACCGUUCAGCGGAUAUGGCAAAUUCAGACAGUAUUGUCCUGGGACAUGGUGCUUCAUCAACAUGGAUGCGACAGGGGAUGACCGGGCCAGCCUGGUGCAGGCCUUCUCACUGUCCUACUCCUCCCUCAUGGCACUGCUGAUCUUUGCAGUGUUUGUGUGUAAUGGUUCAGUGAUUGUCAGCCUGUGCCAGAUGCACCGGAGCCAGGUGAUGCGGCGCGGUUCGGUCGGGUCGACAGGCAGAAAGAGGAAGCUGAGCCUGGCCUGGUUCGGACACGGGGAAGAGGAGAUGGACCACCUUGUUCUGCUGGCGCUCAUCACUGUCAUCUUUGUGAUCUGCUCCCUUCCACUCACUAUUGCCGGCUUUAUCAACGCCAUUCACCCAUUUUGUGACGACAAGGAGAACCUAACAGCGUUCCGCUUCUACGCCUUCAACCCCAUCGUGGAUCCAUGGGUUUUUAUCAUCUGCCGCAAGUCUGUGUUUCACCACUUUUGCUCUCUGCUGAGCUGCCGCUUCAGCAAAAGAGCUGUGAAGACAACAGCACACUGCACUCUGUCUUUACAGACACCGCUUAACAAUCACAUACAGCACAACCCACCAGACGUGACGGUUUCACAGAACCACGUGUUCUCCAGUUUACCUCUGUGACCCAACAGAAACCCUCAGCUGGGGGAGGGCGAAGGACUGGAGGCUAGGUAGACUUUCAUGGCUGAAAUACAUUGGGGCAAAUUUGUGAAGCAUUACGAUUUGUGUACAUCAGCCAUGCAUUCACCAAUUUAAGGCACAAAGACUUUGACAAAGAAGUAACUGUCGCAAUGGAACUGAUCCUUGCACUUGGUUUCCAAUGUCCACCGACUGAUGGAAACUGUUUCAAAGUUGCAGGGAAAGUAGUGGGAUAAAACAAACCGCACUGCAACUUAGCACUAAGGAACACAUCAAACCAUAUCAUGCCUAUGAAUAAUAUACUGUAAAAUAAGAAUAUAUGCACUUGGGUAAAGCUAUAUGGGUAAACAAUAUGCAUGAAUGUAUACUGUCCUCUUUUUCCCCUCAAUCUUGGACAAUGAACCGUCCACAUCCACAGCAUCUUUGACACUGGUGAUACUCGACAUGAAGACAAAGCGCUCGCACAGCUUAUUUCGGUACCCAUUUAUCUAAGUGAGCCACUGUGUAGCCACUGAUAUUUUCAUUUAUUUGUAACAUAUGAAGAAGCAUUCAAAUUCAACCAUAAACAGGCCUUACAGUUUGAUAAUAAUCAACAUGCACCCUGACAGGCAGUAUUAACGCUAAAAGUUACAUGGAGAUGAACUUGUCAUUUGUGAUAGAGCAGAAAUGAGUCUUUUCCGGUUGUUGUGAUCAGUUAAAAGCAGAACAGCUUGUUAUAAAAAUGAUCAAAACACUCUAGUGGUCCAACAAUGCUCCAACAAUGAACAUAAUUCAUUUGUUUUUAUUUAGGCCAAAGUUAGAGGUUUAAUCUCUGAAGUUAACCUGCUUCUUUCCAAAUCCUCUGUCAAGAAACCAGAUCAUUUAAUCCUAAAUUUAGGAUUAUUCAGAAAUAUGAGAGUUGAUUUAAUCAGAUUUAAAAGUCUCAAACUAGUCUUAAUUCCUGUUCCUGUCCAACCCAUAGUGUCUGUGUAUUGCAUGAACAUUGGUUUCCACCUCAGUGAUUUCUAAGCUACCUAUGAUGACUGUCUGUGAAUGUUCUUUUACAAGCCUUUUGCCUUUGAAAAAAAAAAAAGAAACUGCUGCUGCAAAAUGCACUGUGAGAAUUAAUCGUUUGUUGUUGUG